AUGAUGCCGGGCAUUUCCGCUCUCUCGGAGAGCGGAAUCGACGUGGAGGGGCUGACGCCGGAGCAGAUUCGCAUGCUCGCCGUCGACAUGCGCGACGCGGCACUGACGGAAGGCGCGGAGGACGACGCGGAGCAAGCGGACCGCGCCCUCGCGUCGUUCGUUAAGACCAGCACGCUUGAAGCCGCCAGCCUGCUAGCUAACAGACGCGCCACGGCAGCGGGGAAAACAGUAGGCGGAGGGGCAAGGACAGGCGGAAAGGGUGACGGCGCAGCAGCAACCGCGGCAUCAGCUGCUGCGGCCGACCCUCCGUUAUCCGUUUCAGCAACAAGCUCAUCCGCAAAGCCAGCAGCCGAUAUUGCCGUGCCCGCUGACGACGCCCUCGCUGCCGCCGCUACAUCCGCUACAGCCGCUACAGCUGGCGAUGCCACAGCUGCUGCAGCGAGUGUGGUGUCGCCUGGUCGCGGUGCUGCUCGCGCUGCCGGCAGCAGCACGGGGACGGCAGCAGUGGGUGCAGGAGGGGCGGCGUCCUUGCACGGGCUGCCCUGCUACAUUCACUUCGCCAACCACCGCGUAGCAGCGACCAUAACGCUGUCGCCAGCGUGCAUUGACUUCGGCAUAGCGCCCUUCCGCAUCCGCCGCACCAACUUUGUGGACCUGUGGCGUGUGCCCGAGCGCCCCGUGCUCGUCACCACGCCCCGCACGCCCAAAACCCGUGCUGCUGCCGCAGCUGCUGCCAAGGGAGGUAAACGGCCGAGUAAAUCCGCGUCUUCCACUCCUCGCACUCCAAACAAGAGUGUGUUUUCGAAAAAGGAUUUUCCGGGAUCGACCCAGCCAGCCAUAGACGCUGCUGCUGCUGCUGCUGGUGGAGGGGGAGGAGGGGCAGGGGAGGAAGGAGUGUUACUAGCGGCAGUGGCAGCAGCAUCAGAUGCGAAAUCCCUCGAGGGAUCACGUGCCUCUCCAAAUCACAACCUCACUGCUGCUGGUACAGCUGAUGCUGGUGCUGGUGUUGAUGGUAAGGGUGAUGCGGUGAGUGAGGGUGGUGGUGGGGGUGCUGAGAGCACGCUGUGUGCGCCUGUGGUGGUGCAGCCUCGCUACUCCACCGUGAUCUCCCCUGAAGGAUCUCCCCGUGCUGCUGUUCCUUCCAAGCACAAGCCACAGCAGCCGCAGCAGCAGCAUAAGUUGGAAGCAGGCGCAGAUGAAGGCACUGCCACGCAUCCAUUCUCUGCGGUGGGCGGUGGAGAGACUGAAGUUGAUCCGUUGCUGGGUGCAGCAGCAGCAGCAGCAGCAGCAGCAGCAGCAGCAACUGCAGCAGCAGCAGGGACCAGCGCAGGAGCACCUGAACGCCCUGGGGAAGAACAAGGGACUGAACCACAGCAAGUGCAGCAGCAGCAGCAGCAGGACGGGAGAAAGUAUGCGAUGGUUCCUCUGAGUGUUGAGGAUGUGGCAGCAGUGGAGCUUGGGUUGGAGACAUGGGAGGUGGUGCUCCUAGAGAGGGACGAGGAGAGGAAACUGAUUGCUGCAGCAGCAGCCGCCGCAGCAGCGGCAGGAGGAGGCGUGGGUGGUGAGGCAGAGAAGGGGAGUGGGGUGGCAGAGGGCAGUCGGGAUAUCUGCAUGACUCCACCUGGUGCUGGCAAGCGAACCAGAAGCUUCCAGUUUGAGACGUCCAUUGCAGGCUACGAUGCAAUUCGAGCCAUCAUUGACGGGUGGACGCAGGGAGCAGAGGACCCAGCAGCUGCAGCAGCACAGGAGGCCGAACUCAGCGACAUUCGCCUUGCCGCUGCAGCCGCCGCCGCUGCCGCCGCUGCCGCUGCUGGUGGUGCUGGCGGCAGCAAGGUAGCUGCUGCUGCAGCAGCAGUGUUCAGUCCGCGUGACCCAGCAGAGGGUACUGGGAGGCACAGCAUCAGCUGUGACGGCGACACGUCAUCUGCCUUCUCAGAUUACACAGAGGCCGAUGAGAGGCGGCGCCUGCUCACCAACCCCUUCCACUCCACCACCCCCACAUCAGCAACAGACCCCCCUUCUGCCACACCCGGUGGGGUUGACUCAGAAGCAUCUCCUGCGGUAGCUGGUGCUGGUGCUUGUGCGGCUUCUGCACGGGUUGCUGCCGCUGUAGGCCCCUCCUCCUCCACUCACACGGGUGUGUCCCCAACCUAUGGCAUAUCCACGGGGGACGUGCCAGCAGCAGGGCUCAUGUCGUGGUCAUCUGCGCUGCGCAGUGUGGUUCCCCGGAGCCGAACAUCCUUUGAUGCUACUUAUGUGCGUAUGGAGCCUCUAGGAGGGGGAGGAGGGGGUGUGGGAGGUGAGGGGGGUGGCGCUCGCCCGCGUUCUGCUGUGUCUGGUGGAGCAGCAGGGUUUGUUCGCAGCAGCAGCGUGACAGGGCCCGGAGAGAACAAGGGUUAG